CUUCCGCAGCCCAUCAGGGCAUGAUUCAAGAAGUUCUUGUGUGUGUUUCUGCUAGUUAGCUAGCAGCAACUGUAGCAAACGAGUUGGGGAGCAUAAUUGUCGGAUGCAAACAGCUGUGGAAAUGCAAGGUGUGUUUCCCAGCCCUAAACAGCAGUGAUGGAAGGAGAGGCCCAAAGGGCGACUGUAUCAUGGGAAGGUGGAACUCUGGCUCCUGUGGACCGCCUUCGCUCAGAGAGGGCAGAAAGCCCCAUACCAGGUCUGGUGGAGGGGACUGAACCAGGUGCCGGCCAGAAGAGUGCCAUGUUUGUCCAUGCACACUCAUUCGAGGAUUUAACUGCUGAGGCUGAAGAAGAGGCCCUGAGGACGGCUGAUUCAGGCAAAUCAGAAGAAGAGCGUGAAGAGGAGCUUAAGGCACUUGUAGCAGAAAAAAAUAUAGAUGAGCAACACAGCAAUGACCUUUCAGACAGUAGGACUAAGGAGGAAGAUGUGUCCAGUGAGGCGUGGCGAAGCCACAAAAAACAGUUUGUGCUGAGUGAGGCGGGAAAGCCAAUCUACACUCGCUACGGCACGGAAGAGGCGCUGUCGAGCACCAUGGGAGUGAUGAUGGCUCUCGUAUCAUUUGUCGAGGCUGAGAAGAACAUUAUCCGCUCCAUACAUGCAGAUGGCUGUAAAGUGGUUUUCCUCACCAAGAGUCCUCUGGUCCUGGUGGGCGUGUCGCAAACCUGUCAAUCAGACAAGGAGAUGCUGCGGGAGCUGCAGUACAUCUACUACCAGAUUGUCAGUCUGCUCACCCUCACCCAGCUCAACCACAUCUUCCAACACAAGCAGAAUUAUGACCUGCGGCGUUUGCUGGCCGGCUCAGAGUAUCUCACUGACAAUCUGUUGGUCCGGCUGGAACGGGACCCCGGCCUGCUGCUCAGUGCUGUCACCUGCCUGCCUCUGGCCAGCUCUUCCAGGGAUGUAGUGUCAUCGAGCCUACAGGCUGCUAAAUCCAAAAACCUGGUGUUCUCCAUACUGUUGGCCGGGGAUCGCUUGGUCACUCUGGUCAGGAAAAAGGACCAGUUCCUGCACCACAUAGACUUGCACCUGGUCUUCAACCUCGUCGGUUCCUCCUCUUCCUUCCGAGAAGGUGAAGGCUGGACUCCGAUCUGUCUGCCAAAGUUCAACACUGCAGGAUUUUUCCAUGCUCACAUUUCUUACCUGGAGCCUGCGUCCCAGCUCUGUCUCAUUCUGGUCUCAACUGAACGAGGACUUUUUAACAUGUCCGACUGCAAGCAAAAGUUUAUGGAGAGGCUGAGUAAGCGUAGUGCCUACCAGGCCCUAAAGGAGGCGGUGAAGUGUCCCAGCUACCCUGUGGUGCAGGUCGGCAUCCCAGAGCUCAGGCACUUCCUGUAUAAAUCAAAGAGCUCGGGGCUAUACACCAGCCCAGAGUUUCCGAAGGUGUACCAGUCUGAUGAAGAGCAGGAAAGGGUGCUGAGCUUGUACCAGGAACUUCACAGCUCCUUACACCAUCCAACCAGACCUCUCCGUUACUAUUACCACUGCAGGGAAACCGAAAACCUGCUGGCACAGGUGACAAGCGGCUUCGAGCUCUACCUCUGCUUUAGUCCGCUGGCGACCAAGGCCUUGGCGUUCUCCGCUGUCAACAAACUGCUGAAGUGGAUCAGGAAGGAGGAGGAUCGCCUCUUCAUCCUGAGUCCCCUCACAUACUGAGCCUCCUGAAACAUAAAGCAGCAUCGUGAAUACAGACUGGCCUGGUGCUAACAGCUAUGCAUGAUGAAGCAGUAACCUUUAAGUGUUAUUGAUGAUUGUCAUAGCCUAUGCAUUUUUUUUUUUUUUUGCUUUUGGAAUGCUCUAAUUCUCAGAUUUGUGGUGAAGCAUGAGGAGGAAUUAAAAUAACCCUGUAUUUUAGCUGAGAGAGAUUUUUAUAACUUUUAAUAAUGAAUCGCAGAUGGAAGAAGCAUCAGCACUUUUGGUGAUACACAAGCCUGUGGUGUUUACCUGCUGUUGAAGAGCUUUCAUGGAAGGGAUGGUUUUACUCUAAUAGCUAUUGUGCAUCUCACAUCUAGAAAAAUGCUGUCUUUUUAAAAAUGCUAUUAACUCAGUUCUUAGUAAUCAAGAAUAAACUGUAAAUUCAUCAAACUGCAGCAGAAUGUAUUUUCUCAGAAGACAUGUGGGCAAAAUAUUAAAGGGAUUCCUGGUGGAAGCCUUACCCUUUUACCUCUAUGUACUUUGCUUAUGUAACGGACAGCAAAAAACCUGUAACCUGUUUACUGCUGUCAGUAGUUUGUAAUAACAGACUGUUAACAUCAUUGUAAAGGAAUUUCAUAUUGAGUUCAUAAUUCUUCCAGUUCAUCUGUUUCUCUUGUAAUAAUACCCAUAUUAACAGGUGAUAUGUUUCUCCAUGCCUCUUAAGCUUCGUUGCACUUCCUGGAAACCUGCUUUGCUUGAGGAAUCCAGUCUUGCCACAUCUGCCUCCUCUAAUCAUGCCUUAACUGUCAAUGCGCAAAGCUAACGUAAUGAUUUGUGGCAUCCCCGCGGUUGCCAAAUUAUAUGCAAAUAAAGAAAU